AUCAGGCAGCGCGGGUGCUGAUCUGUUUGUCUAGACAGAGUCUAUGGCUACACGCCCCGUUUCGCGGUGACACGGGCGGCGGAUUCUUGUGCUCGCUUCGGGGAGCGCGGCGCAUAGGAAUUGGUGAAAUUGCAUGCGCCCGAUUCGGCAUAAGGGGGAAGUUUCAGUCUCAGGAAGGUUUGCGCGUGGGAUUGGUCUAGAAUCGCGUGGAGACUAUCGAUAAUCCUACAGGCAGCGGUCGGUAUAAAGGGCUUUGUUGCCCACGCGUGGGGAGGAGUCCAUCGCCUUUCUGGUUUCAUUUCGGAGAGGUUUAAUACACACGGUCGCUCACACAUUCGUUUGGUUCUGUGGAACUACAGUCACUCGCUCAAAAGUACCUUCAUACAAAACUUAAUCCUAUUUAAUACCUACCGGACAUCUUCUUCGUCCUUUGCCAACCUCAACCACGCCGUCUGUUGAACCAACUAAACACGAUCAUCACCAUGAAGACCACCCUUUUCACCGUCGCCGCAUUCGCGGCCACCGCCCUCGCCAAAACCAACCUGGAAGGCUGCACCUCCUCCCAGACCGUCGCCUUCGGCGGCGCCUCCAUGAUCUACUGGGACCCGACCAACGGCGAAAUCUGCUCCUUCCUCGACUGCGGCGGCGGCCGCGCGCCGCCCAAGACGACCGUGCCUGGCUGCGCGCAGUACGAGGGAACUGCUACGUACAGCCCGGACUUUAUGCCGGGGUGGGGCGAGGCGACUGCCACCGCUUCCGCUGCGGAGAGCGAGAAGACCAACUUCGAGCAGGGUACUACGACGGAGAGUGCGAGCGCGGCCGGAGAGAGUGUGCCUGCGUAUGAGACCAAGACGGGGGCCAGCACGCUGGUUACGAGUGCCGCGGUGCUGCCGAGUGGGGUUGCGAGCGGGACGGGGAUCACGAGUGGGAUUACCGGAUAUGUGAGCGAGCUCACUACCAAGGGGGGCAAUGCAACUGCGAGCACCGGGACGCCGACACAGUCUGCUCCGGCUGAGAACACGGGUGCUGCGGCGGCGUUGAGUGUGAGAGGGGGACUCGUGGGUGUGGUUGCUGGUGUGUUUGGGUUGGCCUUGUUGUAGAUGGUACAGCGGCGCGUGGAUGUGGAUGUGAUUGAUACCCCUUAAAAGUUUCGUCUUGGACAUGGAAGUGCAAAAUGUGAAAAUAGAACAUAACAUCAUAACAUCAUGAA